ACCUCCACCUCGUAACCACCACCCUCAUCAUCCCCCCUCUCACACACACAAAAAAACACUCACUAUGCAUAAACGUGACAGUCUAUACAUCAUUCUUUUCGAAAACAAAGCACCUCCUCCUCUUUCUAUAAAUAACACUCCACACAUCACAGUUCAUUCCACCUCUUCUCUCUCAUAUAUCUCAUUUCAUAAGAUCUCGAUUUUUCUAGAGAGAGAAAGAGACAAUGGCUGGAGGAGGAAGUCGUUCAUACACAGGUUUCGUGUUCGUUCUAUUGUUGGUUCUCAUGAUUGCAUUCUCCGACGUAGCUCAGGGAUACAACAAGCUUCGUCCCCGAGAUUGUAAACCCAGAUGCACAUACCGUUGCUCGGCAACAUCGCACAAGAAGCCGUGCAUGUUCUUCUGCCAAAAGUGUUGCGCCAAAUGCUUGUGUGUGCCGGCCGGUGUGUACGGCAACAAACAGUCGUGUGCUUGCUACAACAAGUGGAAGACACAACAAGGCAAACCAAAGUGUCCUUGAUUUUUAUGUUUUAAAGUUUAGAAGGGGAUUUAUUACGUUUCUUUAAAGUUGAAGGGUUUAACUUGUUUUUCUAGUAAAGAUAACCGAAGGGUGUUUUAGUCAAUGUGUUAUCUAUUGGGUCGUAUCUAGUUGCUAGAUCUUUUGUGUUUCUCUUUAGUAAGGAUAACCGAAGGGUGUUUUAGUCAAUGUGUUAUCUAUUGGGUCGUAUCUAGUUGCUAGAUCUUUUGUGUUUCUCUUCUUUUAAAAAAAACUUUUUCAUA